AUGGAGAUGCAUAGCAAGUGGCCAAUGUUGACCAUACUUGUGCUGGUGUUUGCAACUAUAAAUCGUCGGUAUAAUCUGGGCAGUUAUAGUUGCAAUAAACCAGCUGAGAAUGCAUUGGUCUUUCUUCUCCCAGAGAAACGUAAAUAUUCAGAACCUAGAAAGUGGAUGGGUGGUAAAGGGCGUGUCACAACACAAUUUGGCUGCUGUUACAAUUAUGCAAAGGAUCAAAAUGGGAAGCCUCCAAGCAUAAUAAGAAAUGAAGAACUGGAUCACAUACCAUUCCUGUUUAAGAAAGUUAUCAAGAGGAUGGUUAGAUGGCAGAUUUUGCCUCCAACAUGCAUCCCUAACAGUUGCAUUGUCAAUAUAUAUGAAGAAGGCGAGUGCAUUCCCCCUCACAUUGACCAUCACGACUUUGUCCGACCGUUUUGCACUCUUUCACUCUUGAGUGAAUGCAAGAUAGUUUUUGGUUCAAAUGUGAAGGUUGUUGGUCCAGUGGACUUUUUCGAGCCUGUCUCUAUACCACUGCCUGUCGGAUCGGUGUUUGUUCUAAAUUGUAAUGGAGCCGAUAUUGCUAAACAUUGUGUUCCAGGAAUCCCAACAAAAAGGAUUUCCAUAACUUUCAAGAAAAUGGAUGAAAGAAAACUUUCAUACACGUUUUUACCCGACCCUGAAGGUUGGAAUCAAGCCUCUUAUCUGUUCUCCCUUGACCACACCACGUAUCCAAAUCCAGCAUGA